UUAAUUAUUGACUCCAGAAUGUUUGACAUAAGGCGUUUGUAUAGAUUUCCAGCACAUUUUAUGAGCCUUAAUGCAGGUGCGAGAUAAGGCAGUGGCAAUUGUGAUACUAAGAAUUUAUUUAUGACUGCUUGUUAUUAAUCAGAACAAAUAUUGGAUAUUAUUAUUCAUACUUUUUAGCCAAACGAUUCAUACGGACAAAUUACGUAUAGUGUAAGGCUUCUCUUGUUGGAGUCAUAUCUGCGUGUAUCAAAUUAUCUGUGGUCGAUUUGUCGCUUUUGUAUGGAAAUCUAUUAUUCAAAUGUGGGUUUGCAUCGUUACGUGCUUCAAAUCUGUAAUAAACAUGCAUAUUUACGAUUAUUUUGAGAACUGGACAUUUUAGAUUUCGAACAUACGAACCUGUUUCAUUGCACUGAAUUCAGUUAUUGAUAUUCGUAGUAAUAAUUUAUUACACUCGCUGGAUUUUAACCUGUUUGUAAGAUACUAUGGCCGAGCUUCUCCGUAAUUCACAUAACAGGCGCCAAUCGGAGAGUUUAGGGAUCACAUGCUCGGAUAUUGGAAGCACUCACUCAGAGCUGUUUGACGGUAAGGAUGCAGCAGUCGACUUGAACAGUUCUCACGUUCAUUUGCAGUCACAACAUCGAGUUCGGUCGUACUCGUUUCAAGUUAAUCGCAAGAAGUUGAACGACAUUGGGAGGGAACGAUGGAUUAGCAGCAGAACGAGAAGAAAAAGUGUUGGUUCGUCAGAUAGUCCGGACGUAUUUGAACAAUUUCUUAGUGUUCCGUGCAAUCCGACAUUUCUUGAGGAAAGUUUUUCUAAGAGACCAGAAAUGGAUGGGGACGGAAGUAGUAAUAGUGAUGAUGGAAAUUAUGAGGAAAAUCGGCGCGUUAGAAGGGCGCGUUCCUUUCGUGAGCGACCUGAAAGGGCCAGUGGCGAGCUCCGAAGGGUGCGAUCAUUUAAAACGACAUCAAAAGGAUUAGUUAAUCGCGGUGAUUCGUUUAAAACGCGCAAAGGUGCAACGGAGUUUGUGGCGGCUUCAAGUCAACCAGAAGUGACCGUAGAUAGAGUCGACGACGAUAAUACAUAUCUAUUACCAACUGGGGUUAUGACAAAAACCGAGGAGCAACUACCGAAGUACUAUCGCGUUCUGCUUUUAGGAUCAGUCGGAGUUGGCAAAUCCUCCAUAAUCAAUCAGUUUAUGACAUCUGAGUUCUUGGGAGGCGGAAACUUCAAUAUUUCGCAGUCUGAAGACGACCGUACGGUUACCCUGCAGGUCGAUGGCGAGGAAACAACUUUGGAAUUCGUAAAAUCAAAAGACUUUCAGGCAAUCAAGCAUGGAAUUUGUUUUGAUAUUUCGCCUUCUCAGUCAUUCAAAGGUUGAAAUGUGUUAGUAUACAGAAUAUUAGAAAAAUCGAGGAAGGAAUGACAUUCAAAAUACACAAAUAAUAUAUAACAUUAGAAACAAAAGUGCCACACAAACGUAUGCGCUAAAGUAGGAAGGGCAUAUACAUACAAAUAAUCACAUGAUUUACAAUUUGCUUACAAGUACGUUUAACGAUGAAAAUUCUACAACUAAUAAUCAAUUCCAUGUAAAACUGACUCAUUCGAUAUACGCAAUUUUACGAAAUCAACGAAAUUAUAAAUAUACAAUAAUAUAAGUUAAAUUUGCAUGUAUUUGAACGAGAAUUGAAUUACUCAAUGGCUGAUUAUGACCAGAUCAAAAGUUUUGUACAUUUCUGAAAUCUUAAAACACCAAUGGCUCCGUUAUAUCUCGAUUAAUAAACACGAUUGUUUAAUUAAGACAUCACAUAAAUGCACUUUAAUGCACUUCUCAACUCGAGUCAAUUUUUUAUAAUGUCCUAAAUUGCAAUUGUUGAAUCACUAAAUGUGUGACCUUGUUCAGCAUUAUUAACCAUGUUUAAAGGGUCGACAUAUCCUUGUUUAAGGGCAAGAUCGUAAAAAAGAAUUUAUCUGAGUUAUGUGUUUACAUAAAGGAGCCUCGUAUAUCUUCAAGACGUAUAUAUGCGGUCAAGGAGAUAAAAAGCAAAAAGUAGCAGCCAGAGUAGCAAUCAGAAUCAAAAUAUGCAUCUUUAGUGAACAAAUAUAUGCAAAACUUGUCGGCCAAACUACCCGAUAAGAUAAGCUUAAAAAAUGAAAGACUUCCGUUUUUUUUGAGGCAACGGUGCUAUUAUAUUUACUCAUGUUAAGCUGUUAAACGUUUCAGUUAAAAAAAUGUUUGAAGAGUUUUUGUAUAUCGAUUUAUAUGUUUAUGUUAUUCUUUUUGAUGAAAACAAAAUCGAGCAUUUGAAAAUACCUAAUAGAAAUAUAUCGAACCAAUUUGAUCGGUAGUAAAUGUUCUGCUGUAAGAGUGAAAUAUUUGUUGCCAUGAAAUGUUUUCAAAUUCAAUGGAAAUUAUUUCAGCUACGCUAUGGUAAUUAUUUUUCGAUGUUUUAGUUAUUCAUAUUUUUAUUUUAAGGAAAACAUGGAAAACCUUUCGCUUGAUGCGUUCGUGGUUGUUUUCUCGACAACAGACCGAAUCAGCUUUGACCAAGCCGUAGAAGUUCUUAAGCAACUCCGAGAGGAAGUUGGUGCUCAUAAAGCUAUUAUUCUUGUAGGCAAUAAAGCUGAUCUUGCUCGGAAAAGGAUGAUACCUGCUGAUGAGGGUCGGUCGGCUGCAGACGGUUACGACUGCAAGUACAUUGAGACCUCGGCUGCCUUGAACCACCGGGUUGAUGAACUGCUCGUGGGAAUCCAUAAACAAAUCAGUUUGAAGUGCCAAUCCAUCAACACAACCGCUCUAGAGACACCACUCACAAAACAAAAACACAGAACGAGUUCGUUUAAGAGAACAAAACGAUUUUUAGAGAAGAUUUUCCUUGGAAAUUCGGGCAAGGACAAAACUACUGAAAAUCUGUAUGUUGAGUGACCUAUAUAUUAUUCUGAUGUUACAUGAUUAGAAAACGGUUUCAAACAUUUUUCAGGCAUUUCGGGACCAAAAAGAUAGCGUAAUUGUUAUUGACUUCCCAUGGCUUUGAAUGAACGAAUUGGUGUGAUUCCUAAUUUGCCGUUUUAUUUUUCCGAACGUUGUUUAAAUCGGUUUGUUUGUGAAUUAAUGGAUAUGCAAAAACUAUAACUUAUUUUUACGCAUGUAUAUGUAUUUAAAAACAUGGCCUUACAUACGCUUAAUGUAUUAAUAUCACAAAGCAAUCAAACGUUAGCAAAUAUUUACACGAUAUUGAUGACUUAUUCGGUAUUAUUAAAUGAGUUAUGUAGUCACUUUCUUGUAAAGCACCGCAUAUUGCAUUAUUCUCGUCUCUUGGGUAAUUAAAAACUUUACAUAAAAUAGUGCGGUCAUACCAAGUUAUUGAAUGGCAAUCGUUUAUGUUGUUUUUUUCAUGCAUUUACCGAUAUUUUGAGUAUGGUAUUGGUUAAGAGAAACAUAGUUUUAAGUUCCUGGCCAACAAAUAUAAGUCAAUUCAUGGUGAUUUGAAACGAGUUCUUAAACAGGAAAAUGGUUUUGAACUGUUUCGAUUCAAUGUAUAAUGAAAGGCGUCAGGCGCUGUCGCAUGCAUAGAAACAAUAGCAUUUCUUAAUGUUAUUAUGGGCCCACUUUGUUCAUAUUAUGGUUUGCAUGGCAUACUUCAGAAACGAUUCAUACAUUGUUUUUAAAUAAAGUUACUGAACUAGGACAUAGUCAGCUAUCCACAUCAACUUCGUCAAUCUGUUAAGAUAUUGUUAAUGUCCUAAACAUUAUUAUUUAGUUUCAUCUACAAUGAUUCAACUUUAACAAAUAUAACAUUGUUUUAAAAUUGUAUCAAUAUUUUAUUUAUGUAAAUAAACAUGUUUUCGUCGGUUUAUCAUCAUUGUUUUAAGGUUAACCGUAUUUGAUUCAAGUUGAAGUUGUAAUAUCGAAUUGGUUUUACAAAUAUCAAUAAAAACGUAAUUCAUUUGA